CCUCCUCCUUCCUCCUAAAACCCUUAAACCAUCUUCUUCUCUGCUCCCAAAACCCUUACCAGGGUUCCAUUCUCAGUUCUCAGUCUCCUCCAUCAAAAUCAUCACCAAAGGUAAGUCAAUCUCCUCCCAUUACUUUUAAUCUAUGUUUCUUAAUCUUCUCUUCAUGUAUUCAUCUCAGUAAUUUCACAAAAUAAAAUGGAUUCAAAAGUCAUAUUUUCUUCAUCAUCAACACCAUUAUCACUUGUUCUAUCAUACCCAUCACUAAUACCCAGACUUUCUGUAAAAACCCAUGUUUCAAUUUCACUAAACAACACUUCAAAGUCACAAUUUUUGGGUCAGAGUCUGGAAAAAAAGAUUGGGUUUUUAAGUUUAAGAAAACCUCAAUUCAGGCAAUUGAUUACUGCUGUUGUUAAGAGAAGAAAGGAGUUACCUUUUGAUAAUGUUAUCCAAAGAGAAAAGAAACUUAAACUUGUAUUGAAGAUUAGGAAGAUAUUAACUGGUCAGCCUGAUAGAAUUAUGUCACUUAGAGAUUUGGGUAGGUAUAGAAGAGAAUUAGGUCUUACGCGUAAACGUCGUUUCAUCGCUUUGUUGAAGCGGUUUCCUGGUGUUUUUGAGAUUGUUGAAGAAGGUUGUUUCUCGUUAAGGUUUAGAUUAACACCAGAAGCUGAUAGAAUUUACUUAGAAGAAUUGAAAGUUAGGAAUGAAAUGGAAGGAUUGCUAGUUAUUAAGUUGCGUAAAUUGUUGAUGAUGUCGUUAGAGAAACGGGUUCUGAUUGAGAAGAUUACACAUUUGAAGAAUGAUUUCGGGUUGCCAACGGAGUUUAGAGAUACAAUUUGUAAUCGGUAUCCUCAGUAUUUUAAGGUGGUGGAGACGGAACGUGGUCCUGCGCUGGAGUUGACGCACUGGGAUCCGGAAUUGGCGAUAUCUGCAGCUGAGAUUGCUGCAGAGGAGAAUGAAGCUAGAGAGAUAGAAGAGAGGAACUUGAUUAUUGAUAGAACGCCUAAGUUCAAUAAGGUGAAGCUGCCAAAGGGUCUGAAUCUUUCGAAAGGUGAGCUGAGAAGGAUAUUAAAGUUUAAGGAAGUUCCUUAUAUAUCUCCGUACUCGGACUUCUCGGGUUUGAAAGCUGGUACUAUUGAGAAAGAGAGGCAUGCUUGUGCUGUUAUUCACGAAAUGUUGAGUUUUUGUGUUGAGAAACGGACACUGGUAGAUCACUUGACGCAUUUUAGAGAAGAGUUCAGGUUUUCGCAACAGCUUAGGGGAAUGUUGAUUAGGCAUCCGGAUAUGUUUUAUGUGUCUUUGAAAGGAGAAAGGGAUUCAGUUUUCCUCCGAGAAGCUUACCGUGAUUCGCAGUUGAUAGAGAAAGAUCGGUUGCUGCUUAUCAAGGAGAAGCUUCGUUCACUUGUUGCUGUUCCUCGUUUUACAAAGAGAGGUGGGCCGAGGGUUGAUAAAGCUGACGGUGAGGAUGAAGAGGACGAAGAUGAAGAAGAUAGUGAGGAUGAUGAAGAAGGUGAGGAGGAUUGGUCUGAUGUUGAUAGUCUAUUGGCAAAUGAGGAUGAUGACAAUGACGAUGAUUGGAGUGAUGAAGACGAUGACGAUGAAACACCGCCGGAUUUUGAUGAUGGUGAUGGAAAUACAAGUCUUGGAAAGAGUAGACAAGUUGAGAAACGAAAUACUGAAGAUAAACCUCUUGAACCAAUAUACCCAGACGGCCGGGCAAGAGAACGGUGGUAAGAAAAGGAGUUUUCCAAGAUUCUGCACUCAGCUGAUCAUCUGUGAAAGCAAGGAGCAUUCCUACCUCCUGUGAAUGAAGACAUCUAUCUUGCCUCAUCAUCUAUUGGAAAAACAACUCAAGAAGGUAUGUAAAACAAUACUGAAAACAAGUAUGUAAUGUCCCUUGGUGCUCUUGUAUGUCAGGCAAUUGGAAUCUUUCUUUGUGUUGUUAUGAUAAAACUCGGCUGAACAAUUGAUUCACCUCCAUAGGAUGCGUGUAUGAAAUAGAGUUUCCAAUGUCUGCUAAUCUUUCUUUUUAAUUAGCUUCAUUGUGCAUGU